AGUUCGCAUGCGAAUGACGUCACAGUCUACUGGCAAGCUGGUGGUGCCGGAAGAAAAGAUGGCGGAUCAUGAGGAGCAGAUAUCCGAUGAGGAAAAGGUACGCAUAGCAGCUAACUUUGUCAUCCAUGCCCCACCAGGAGAGUUUAAUGAAGUUUUUAAUGAUGUUCGAUUGCUGCUAAAUGAUGACAAUCUUCUCAGGGAAGGAGCUGCACAUGCAUUUGCACAGUACAACCUUGACCAGUUCACUCCAGUGAAAAUCAACGGCUUUGAAGAGCAGGUCUUAAUCACAGAACAUGGAGACCUUGGAAAUGGUCGCGUUUUGGACCCCAAGAACAAAAUCUCCUUCAAGUUCGACCACCUGAGGAAGGAAGCCAGCGACCCGCGGCCCCACGAGUGCGAUGGCUCUCUGGAGGAGUGGAGGAGUGCGGUGGAUUCUGCCGUCAGAGCUUACGUGAAAGACCAUUAUCCCAAUGGAGUGUGCACUGUUUAUGGAAAAACCAUUGACGGGCAACAAACCAUCAUCGUGUGCAUCGAGUGUCACCAGUUUCAACCCAAAAACUUCUGGAAUGGACGUUGGCGGUCGGAAUGGAAGUUCACCACCACCCCAUCCACCACUCAAGUGUCAGGAAUUAUGAAAAUCCAGGUUCAUUACUAUGAGGAUGGCAACGUCCAGCUUGUGAGCCACAAAGAAGUUCAGGAGUCCAUGUCUAUUUCUAACGAAACUUCAACUGCAAGCAAAUUUGUAAAGAUCAUGGAGGCUGCAGAGUACGACUAUCAGACCGCCAUCAACGAGAACUAUCAGACCAUGUCGGAUACAACCUUCAAAGCCUUACGUCGCCAGCUUCCUGUGACGCGCACCAAGAUCGACUGGAAUAAGAUCCUGAGCUACAAGAUCGGCAAGGAGAUGCAGAAUGCUUAGAACCACAAAUCCUUCCACACACAGACACACAGUGUUGCAUGACUGGAUAUUCGUAUCGUCUUUGUACAAAAAUGACUUGAACAGAGAAAGGUAAAACAUAUUAUUUUUAUUUAUACAGAUGCCCCUUCUAUAUAGUCACUAUAUAAUGUACAAGAAAGGAAUUGGAAAUGUAAAACUGGAUGAAACUAUAUAAUAAAGAGUCAAGGAAAGGCCUUGGAUGAAGAAGAUGAAAACUACUAACAACAGGUCUACGUGUGAAGUGAAAGCUUUUUUGUUUGUUCAUAUCCAGUUCAUGUUCCUUCACCGUCUGUCACCAUCCUGGGGUGGCUGUCUUGCAGCGCUCCGGCCCAAAUUUAGCCUUCUUCCACUCGUCGGCGUUAUUUCAGCCACUCAGCCAGCUCAGUUAAUUCACAGCUGCAGUACUGUGCAUAACACCCACUUUCUAACAAAUGCACUCCAUAUUUGCAUUCAACUGAGAACCCGACUGUAUAGUAAUAACCGGGCACAUUGUAAUAUAUAUAUAAUUGUAUGAAACAUCCCGUCUGUCAGUUUGGUGAACAUAACCACGAGAUCAACUGUAAUUCAGUCACAGAGAUGUCGUAUUAAAUAACAAAUUUUC